AGUCGCUUCGGCCCCGCCCCCGGCCCUGCUACUAGGUUGGGGUCCUGGGUCCCUAGAGAGGUGAGUAGGCUACAAGUGGUUGUGCUGCACUAAGCCGCUGGGAACUCUAGUCUCGCAGGCCUCUGAUGGAGCUCGGAAGCUGCCGCACCACUGAACUGCGCGUCCGCUUGGUACAGCUGCGCCUGGCCAGAGGCCGGCUGGGCCUGCGGGCCUCGCUGCACUGAGCAUUCGCGACCCCCCAGCCCACGCUGGCACUGGGUAGUGUAUUCCACCGAGAUGCUCGAGGUCGGUGUUAGCCAGGAUCCGGGGGAGUUAGUACAAGCUACCUGGAAGACAGCUUGAACUUUUCGUGGGGGUUCCUCUGCCAGCCCGUUGGAUCAUAGUGCUCAUUUCUUGUGAAAUCGCGUGUGCUUAUUAUCAAAAUUAAAGAAAUAUUUUCCCCAGUUCACUUUUAGAAUAUUAGGUCUUUCCUCUUUUGCAAGACAGUUUAGUUUAGUUUUGUUUAACUGACUGAAAAACUCCUCCUACACCCAGGGAUUGUUGUCGUCAGAAUUUGGGGGUAAAGACCAGCAAAUGAGAAGGCUUUGUCUCCGUAUCCCUGGUGGAGCUUCGGUUCUCCCACCUUUCUAGCAUUCAAAGAAAAUUCUGCAAGGUCAUGAUCCUGAAGCUUUAACCAGUUUACAAAGAGAAAAAUUGUUUCCUGAGCCCCCAAGAUGGCAGCAAAAAUGGAGAUAACUUUGAGCUCCCACAACCAGGAAUCCUCCAAACAAGAGAGACACAUAAUAACAAAGCUAGAAGAGAAACGGGAGCCCACUCCGCCAAAAAACUGCCCAGAUCCUGAACUCGCCCGCCAGAGCUUUAGACAGUUUUGUUAUCAAGAGGUAUCUGGACCUCAAGAGGCCCUCUCCCAGCUGCGACAGCUCUGCCGCCAGUGGCUGCAGCCCGAGCUGCGCACCAAGGAGCAGAUCUUGGAGCUCCUGGUGAUGGAGCAGUUCCUGAUCAUCCUGCCCCCGGAGAUCCAGGCUUGGGUCAGGCACCUGUGUCCAGUGAACAGCAAGGAGAUUGUGACCCUGGUGGAAGAUUUUCAUAGAGCUUCCAAGAAACCAAAGCAGUGGGUGGCCGUUUGUAUGCAGGGGCAGAAGGUGCUGUUGGAGAAAACUGGCUCUCAGCUUGGAGAACAGGAACUGCCAGACUUUCAACUACAAACUCCUAGGCGAGAUCUCAGAGAGAGCUGUCUGGAGGAGUCUUCCCAGGAAGAGUCUCAUGACCAUCUGAGCCCUCAACACUGGGAGAAAUCCCAGCUGUGCCAGGAACCAGUCCCCAGGUUGGCUGGGACAGAGGCCCCCAGAAUAAGAAGUGAUAACAAGGAAAAUCCACAACAGGAAGGGGCCAAAGGAGCAAAGCCAUGUGCAGUGCCAGCUGGAAAAGCCAAAGAGAGUGGUCUGCAGAGCCCGGAAGUGAGAGGGGCAAACAUGUGUGACUUCUGGUUGCCACGGAGGCAGGUCAGCCCCCCAAAUUCUCAGAAGCCAUUUGCUCACUACCAGAGACAUUGCAGGGAACUGGAAUACAUCAGCAGCACCCCCAAAGGCCACCCACUGAGAGGGCUGAGAAAAGGCAAAGGUGGAAAAAGAGGCCUUAGCAGCCGUUUGCCGCGGCUGGGUCACCAGGCCAGCCGCUCUGCUAAGAAACCUUACAAGUGCGAUGACUGUGGGAAAAGCUUCACGUGGAAUUCAGAACUGAAACGACACAAGAGAGUACACACAGGAGAACGGCCCUACACCUGCGGAGAGUGUGGGAACUGCUUCGGGCGGCAGUCCACCCUGAAGCUGCACCAGAGGAUCCACACUGGCGAGAAGCCAUACCAGUGCAGCCAGUGUGGGAAAAGCUUUCGCCAGAGCUCAAACCUUCAUCAGCAUCACAGGCUUCACCAUGGGGACUGAACGCAUCACAUGCUGUGCAAUCAUAGGGAAAGGCUUUGUUUUUCUUCCUCCUACUUGCAUGUAAAUCACAGGCUGAUUGGUGACUUGCAAGGAGAGUAGGCAACCCUUGGAGGGUGAUGGUGCCCAUGUGGCUGAUGAGAGGCUCAAUGAUAGGCUUAGCCAGGGCCCAACAGCACAUGGUGACAGAGUACAGAGAUACCAAGUCUGGGUGUUAAGACAAAGAGGACUGCAGGCUCUGCAAGAGGUUGGAGUGACAACUUAGGGAGAAUCAGGAUGACCCAGCAGAUGGCCCCUCCCAUUCCCAUCUUUUGCUUUAUUUAUCCUCUUAAGAGAUGUUGAAGCAUAGAGUUAUGCAUUUGCUGUCAUUCCACACAAGCUUCUGAUGUGUGCAUACUUCAGCAUGUUACCAUAACUUUAGAAGUCAGUAUUCAUUGGAAGAUAGUGUGUUGGCACAUGCCUAUAAUCCCAGAAUGUGGGAGGCUAAGGAAGGAGGAUCACCACAAGUAUGAGGCCAGCCUG